AUGGCCUCACAAAAAGAUAUGAAGAGCCCUCGGCGGUCAAAGCAGCGGGCUAAUACUACCCCACAGAAGCGGAGGAUGAAUUCUACACCGAAAAAGAAAGUGAUGGAUAGCGGCCUAGAAGAAGCAUGUUCUGGACCAAUAUCAAUUAAUGCAGUACAGAGUGUCCAUUCUUCACAACUAAUUCCUGAUCUGCGGUUAGAAGCAAAAAUGACAGCUGAGGAAAAUUCACGUAUAUUUGUGGGGAAGCAAGUACAUCCAUUUUUCUCAUCAUGGAAAAUGUGUAAGAGAAACCACGAGAUAGCUGAUGCUAAAUUGUGCUCUAUUGAGAAAAAGAAUAAACGUGUUACUUUCAGCCCUAUUCAUGUAUUUGAGAAAGUUGAGGAUGAUGUUGUAUCUCUUGAUUGGGAAAAUUGGAUAUUUUCUGAAAGUGGUUUUGUCAGUAAUACUUGUCUAGGCAGUGGGUCUUCAUCAAUUUAUGAAAGACGUGUCAAGUUCUUACAGUUCGAUAACUUUCCAAGUAUAACUCAUCCAGGCAGAACUUCAUUGUGCCAGAAUGAGAUUUCUUUGAAUCAUUGUUGCAUUCAACAUGAAGAGGUCUCUUUGAACCAUUCUCUUACAGAAAGAGUAUUGCAUGUGUUAUCACCCACACCGGCUGAUGAGCAACUGGCCUUCUGUGAACUGCCAAAAAAUACAGAAGUGAAUCUUGAAAUGGGCAAAGUUGAUCUGCUGUCAGGGAAGGAUGACUGUGUAAGAAAAUCGCAUGUUGAGUGGCAGGGAAAAUUUCUUGAGGAAAGGAUUAUGUCACAUUAUCAUGGUUCUGGCAAUCAACCUGAGAACAGCCUAUGGACAGACAAGUAUCAGCCUGGAAAGGCCUUCGAGGUAUGUGGUAAUGGUGAAUCUGUGAAGUUUUUAAGUGAGUGGCUGCAUCUUUGGCAUGAGAGAGGUUUUCGAACCAGCAAAAAUUCUACUGGUGGCAAAAAAAGGUUUGAGCAAGAUGUUGAUUAUAGUUCUUAUCACAGUGACUGCGAUUCUGAUAAUAUAGAUGACGAGACUAGUCUGAAGAAUGUCCUCUUAGUUACAGGACCAGUUGGGAGUGGGAAGUCUGCAGCAAUCUAUGCUUGUGCCAGAGAGCAGGGAUUUCAAGUUAUUGAGGUCAAUGCAUCUGAUUGGCGAAAUGGAUCUCUUGUAAGGCAAAAAUUUGGAGAGGCUGUAGAAUCAUGCUGGCUUCAACGAUCAUUUGGUGCGGAUUUUCUGUUCGCUGCUGCAACACCGCAAGAACUGUCAGAGAAUUUUUACUUGAAAUCAUGCCAAGAGCUGAGGAUUAGCCAUUAUUGUAUGACCACUGUCACCACUGACAACUUGAAGAGAUAUCAAGACAUCAUGAAUCCAGCAAAUCCAGAGAACAAGCAUCCAUUGAGAUCCUCAAAAUCUGCACUUAAUACCCUAGCGGACCAAGGGUCUGGUAAUGAAGUUAUUGAACUUAUACCUUUAUCAGAUGAGGAAGAUUCUCAAAAUGCCAGUAGAGUGCCUGGGAAAUCAGUCUGUAAGGAGAAUAAAACUUCUAGUGAUGAAUGUAACAUUAAAACCUUGGUACUUUUUGAGGAUGUGGAUGCUACUCUAUAUGAAGAUCGUGGUUUUAUUGCUACAAUACAACAACUUGCAGAGACUGCAAAGCGGCCCAUGAUUUUGACUAGCAAUAGUGACAAUCCUGUCCUCCCAGACAAUUUGGACAGGCUAGAGGUGUGUUUCACGAUACCAUCAUUGAAGGAGCUCCUUGGCCUAGUACAUCUGAUUUGUGCUGCCGAAAAAGCUAAAGUUCAUCCUUGCUUGAUAGAGCGAUUUAUUGGUUAUUGUCAUGGAGAUAUUCGUAAAACCAUUAUGCAUCUCCAGUUCUGGUGCCAGGGUGAAAGUUUUGGAAAAGAUAGUGAAUUGCGGAGAAUGUAUCAUCCACUUCUAUUUGAUCUUGACGCUGGGCACCAAAUACUACCAAAGAUAGUACCUUGGAGUUGCCCUUCUCGGAUGUCUGAGCUUCUGGAAGAGGAGAUCACUAAGUCAUUGUUUAUGAUGGAAGAAAGCAAUAGCUUAACAGAGAUAGUUGAGGAGGAUCUAGACAAUGAUGUACCUAAUACUUUUAGUGUGCAUGGCAAUGAACCAGACACUGUUGGGGCCAAAAAGGUAGCAAUGUUAAGUAUGCACUGCUCAGUUCAGGAUGGCAAUGAUUUUGCAGUUCAGUUUGAUAAUACCUGUGAAUUUUCCACUUCCUCUGGCUCCCCCAUUGCAUUCACUAGGCGAAAUGCUCGGAGAAAACUUGACACAGUACUGUCCUCUGAUUCAGGAGAGGAGUGUUCCUGUGAUGGAGUUCCUGUUGUUUCGGGCAGGCCAUUUGAUUACACUAAUAGUGAAGUACUCCUUGAAGUGAAUAACAAGUCUUCCUCUCAUUGUGUAGCAAGUGAAAGACACUGCAACCCUUUAACUGAGUAUCUUUGUCACUCAGAAGGGAAGUUGGAGAGAAAUAUUUUUCAGUGUUCGGAAACAUCGGAUAAUUCACAUAUUAAUGCUAUGUGCACAGUAGUUGAUGUAUCCUGUGUGCCAGAAUCGUUUGUUCCUGAGACUGAGGUUAACAAUGGAACAGUUCUAUUUUCUAGGACUGUGUCUUGUAGUCAUGUUGCUGACAAAGUGGAAGCAGCUUCUACGAGUAAUGAUUUUAUGCCAAACUUGUUUCCAUCUGAGGGCAACAAUCUUUGUAAGUCUUUACCAGGAUUCCAUAAAAAUCGUAAGAUACUGGGUAAUACUUCGGAUAUAUUUGUGGAAUCAUUUCAUGGAGAGGAGGUGGGGGAUUCUCAUGUUGGCUGUGUGGAAGUUAGUCCAAAAGAGUAUCAAGCUAUGGAUGAGUGUAGCCGCAUAAACUUCGGCAGGAGCUCCAAAUUAAUGGAGAAACAUAGCUCCGGAUCGGUGAUUGAUACUGUACAGGAAACAUGGAGAAAAUUUCGUGAUGGUCACAUGGAUCUGAAACAAUACAUCACCCCCGAACAGAAAAAUGCUUCCCAAGUUCUGAAGCAAGCUUGUGGAAUAAGUAAUCUUAUUUCAGAAGCUGAUUUGUUACUUAAUGAUUGCCAACCACUUAUAUGUGAUUAUCUUGAAACGUCAGUGAUUACUUCUGAGAAUUCACAUUCAUUUGGCUGGCAUGAUGACCAACUGCAGAUGGCCUCAACAAUUGCACAACAUGGGAUUUGCUUUUAUUCCAAAAAAAUUGCUGCUUUAGGAUCAAACAUGGAGUAUACUAGCACAGUGGAUUUGGGCUGGGAGAUGCUGACAUCGUCAACCAGUACAAUGGCAUUGGGAAAAUUGGUUAGUCAGGAUAGGAGAACGAUUGAAAGUUUAGAGAUGGAGCUACCCAUAACUACCACUUCAUUAAAGAGUGAUUUGGAGUCAUGUUUUUGCAAUAUACUUCAGUCCAUAGUUCCGUCAAAAUCCCACUUAUCAUUAAGAGGUGAUGCAUUUCAUGAAUACCUCUCGUCGUUGGGCCAGAUUUCCAGAUCAGAAGCCUCACGCUUAUCAGAAAGCAGUGACAAGAUGAAGCGAAGAAGGGCACGUGUUCCCAGACAUUACUUGUCUUCUGGUGCACUAAUGUUGUCCUCUGAAUAUAUAUCCUUGCUAAGUCAAUAUAAUUGCUAUCAGAAGGUUUCUUCCCAAUCCACGGAUGCAAGCUUGAGAUGA